GGCUCGGAGACUAGUCCAGCUCGCCUGCAUUCCUCCUCUCUCCAAAGCUGACCGAUAGAGACAGAGAAAGAAAGGGGGGAGAAAACACCGAUUAUUAUUCACAACCGUGUUGGAUUUUUAUGAACCACGAAGCCGACUCACACCGGACCCAGCGACCAGAUAAGUCCACGACAAAAAAAAAAAGACCCACGUCGAGCCUGCUCCGUUUGGACCUACAACACCGACAAAAAGGCGUGUUUUUGCUCUAUAAAACGGGACUUUGCGUUGAUGUUUCUGUGUAGGUCAGCUAUCGAAAAGCAGCUUUGGUGAAAUAGCCUCUCCACGGCGGAUAUCUCCUUUUUUUAAUGAGGAUUUGCAAGAUGGCUGAUGACAGCUAGCCCUAACAAGGACAGAAAAGCGACGUCCCCUUUAAGAUCAGCAGCGUAUAUUUUUGUAUUUCUAUCAGUCGAACAUAUAAAUAUGGCCGCUUUUUAAAGAUAAUGCCUAUAGCUCCUAUUAGCGACCGCCGUCCUUGUCGGAAAAUAGGGCCGAUCUAGUGUUUAUCUGUACCUGUGCUAUGGUAGAAAAUGGUGAGGUGACGUCUGAGGUAAUUUACACGGUUUUAAUCGAGAUAAGGAAGUAGAAAAAUAUGUCGUUGGCUAAAGGCUGAGGCGACAAUAGGUGAACAAGGUGGAGACCGAAGUGAAAAGAGGCCGGAGCUGGAUAUAAAUACUAAUCUUCGGGUCAGGAGAUAUUUGAUAGAUGUGUCGGAGGGGGGAAACCGAAAGGCUCCGCGACAGCAGCCAACAUUCCUGCGGAUCCUAAAACCCUUUGUUUUGUGCGCAGGAGCCGGACUCGACUAUUAAAACCAUUAACUAUGCAGUAAACAGGCUCGGAAGCGAUGGCCCAGCUAUGAUUUUCUGUUUAAUGAGAUUAUAGGGCCUUUGUUGUCGACGGCGGGCCGGUGGGGAAGCCGAGGCCUUGUGUACAGAUAUGCGAGCUGUGCCACAUAGCAGGCGUUAUCCAUCAAAUGGAAAUGUCGCUUUUAUGUGAAAGCGACGGGCUGCGCUUCGUCUGAUGUGUAAAACAGCGUUUCUCGUCUGCUGCCAAACCGUCGCUGCUCGUACGUGGGAUUAAAUCGCAGGUGGGGGCUCCUCGGAUGCUUAUUUAUGAUUCAGCGGACAAAAGCGUUGCGCCGCGUUGUGAUUAUUGGGGGAAUCGAGCGUCCUUGAGGAUCCUGAUAGAACAGAUUCAGGUUUAAAAAGCUGUGUGUGUGUGAAUGGUGAUCAGGGUGUGGACUGGAGCAGUCCUUUCAUGCUUGGUUUGUUGGUCUGAAUUGGUCCAUCAUAAUCCGACGCUGGAGUGAAGGAAGCUGUGGAGGUGAAGGGCCUGAGCAGAGAAGGGAUCAAGUGUCUUUUCAUGUGCUGCACAGAGAUUGAUCCACCUCAUGAUCAUUGAAGUCAUUGUGCAGAUGUUACGUUCUCUGUGCCUUGCUUGCAUUUCACGGUUUACCUGUAACUGACAGGCUUUUAGCUUCCUGUAGGCCUAUAAACACACAGGCCCACUGUGGGUGUGUGUGUGUGAGUGUGAGUGAGUGAUUUAGAGGAAAGGAAAGCACCGUUUACUGAAAUCUGUAUAACGUCAGCCCCUGCUGUGUGUGUUGAAAUCACCAAGGUGUUGUCAUCCUUGCCUGAAGCCUUCUCUGGUCAAUUUUCUGGAAUUUGCCUUCAUGCUGCAGCAAUAAGCAAUACCGGUCGUCUGUCAGGGGGACGCGUCCGAUGUGGUCACAAGGGUCGAAAUAUACAGGCUGAUCUUUUCUCGACGGCAUCGGCUCUGUUCUUAUCUUUUUCUCGAGGCUCGUUUUGAAAGUGUCGGGUUUCUUUGCGAGGACGGACAGAGGCCUAGGGGUCUGGUGGGAGAAGUGGGAGAUAGUUAGUGUAUGCCUGCCCGCAGCAUGAUGGCCUCUGACAUGGCUGAGACGUGGAGGAACUGUUUCGAGGAGGAGCUCAUCUGCCCCAUCUGCCUGCACGUGUUCUCAGAUCCCAUCCAGCUGCCCUGCAAGCACAACUUCUGCCGGGGCUGCAUCAGCGAGGCCUGGGCCAAAGACUCCUCGCUGGCCCGCUGCCCCGAGUGCAAUCAUGCUUACACGCAGAAGCCCAGCCUGGAGAAGAACCACAAACUGUCCAACAUAGUCGAGAAGUACAACGCCCUGAGCGUGGAGAAAGCCACCGCGCCGGCGCUGCACUGCAUCCUGUGCCGCCGCGGCCCGCCGCUCCCCGCGGUGAAAGUCUGCCUGCGCUGCAACGCCCCGUGCUGCCAGUCCCACGUCCAGACGCACCUGCAGCAGCCGUGCUCAGCCCUUGGGCACCUGUUGGUGGAGGCUGAGGCGGUGAAGGCCUGGACCUGCCUGCAGCACGACGAGUACAGGCUGUAUCACUGCGAGGCCGAGCAGACGGCCGUGUGCCAGUACUGCUGCUUCGCCCGCUGCCACCCCAGCCACGGCCACGCGGUCACUGACGUGGAGCUGCGCCGCAACGACAUCAGACAAAGCCUGUUGAGACAGCAGGAGCGCGUGGAGGAGCGAGUGCAGGAGAUCGAAGAGCAGCUCUGCAAACUCGACUCUGACAAGUGUGUGGUGGAGGACAGGGUGUGCGAGCUGAAAGAGGAGGUGCGUCUGCAGUACCAGCGGAUGCACCAGCUCCUGGAGGAGGAUCUCGGUCGGACACUGGAGGCCCUGGACCGGGCUCAGGCUCGGUUCUGCCAGGAGAACGCCGCCCAGGUUUUGGCUCUGGGAGAGCAGCGCCACGAGGCCCAGAAGCUGCUGAGCUCCAUCCACACGGCCUUCAGUAAGGCGGAGGAGCUGAGCUUCAUGAAAAACACCAAGCCUGUUAAAAUCCUCACAGACAGGUCUCAGGCAUGUGUGGGCAGCAGUCUCCCUCCUUAUAAAGUGGGGAAUCUAAACUCUAAACUGUUCCUCUCUGAAAUCUCAAAAAGAGAGAAGAGCUUGAAGAGAACGCUGGAAGCUCCCCUCACCCCUCCCUCAACCUUCCUGCAGUCUGUUCCUGCGUAUCCCAGCGGUCAGAGCUCUGGCUCUGGAGCAGAGAAGCGGAAACAUUCCACUGCCUUCCCAGAGGGAAACGGGAACGUCGGAAAAAACGCCGCUCCGGGUUUCAAGGACUCCUCCUCCUCUUCCUCCUCUUCCUCUUCAUCGCUAGCCAAACAGCCCUACCUGGGCUCCGGCUCUGCCUCCGGAGAAGGCCAGUCCAGCAAUCAGCAGCCUCUCGGCCCCUGCGGACCGCCUCACAUCAGCGAGGGCGGCGGGACAGGAAGUGGAAGCGGCUCUCUGACCAACCACCAUUCAGGCUCCGUGUUCGGCUCCUCGCACUUUCCUCCUGGAGGCAGCGGCUCCUCCCACUCCUCCCAGCAGGCCGUGCUGCCUCAGUAUGGAGGCCGGAAGAUCCUGGUGUGUACGAUGGAUAACUGCUACUGCUCCGGAGUGCCCUCGGUGUCGGGCCACCGCAGCCAUCCCCCGUACCCGCGCUCUGGCUCUUUCCCCUGGGUCAGCGCCCAGGACUACCCCCCUCCACCCGGCCUGGCCUCUGGAGGUCCGUCCAUGCAGGGCUUGGCUGUGAGGGACUGGAUAGACGCCUCACAGACACACAGACAUGCAGAUUUUUACGGGCUGUAUGGGCAGCCCUCUACAAAGCACUAUGUCACCAGUUAACAGAGUAGACACACACACACACACACACACACACACACACACUUGGAUAUAGAGACAGGCACCAAUAUAGCACACCUUUACCGAUUUAUUAACCGGAAAAAACACAAUGCAGUUAUGCGAUACACACACUCAGAUAUGAAAAUUUAUACACACACAAACACAGAUGUAGACACAUUCGGGGGCAGGGUUGAUCUCUUUGUGUUUUUAUUUUCUUAUUUUCCUUCUGUUCUGUCGGUGUUUUCAUGUACUGUAUUAUACGUAAAAUGCAUAAACAGCCGCUCACUCUGGCACAACUUAGCUCAGCAUUUUACACAUAAACAAGAAACAAGAGAGGCCCGAGGAGGCUGCGGCGUGCAUCUUUUAAUUUAUAGGGCAGGCGAUGGAUUGAUAGAAAAUGAACUUUAAUUAGGAAAUCUUCUCAUGGCUCUUCAUGGCUUCUCACUGACGCUAAAGGGAAAAGAGAUAAUACCGAGCAGUGUUGACCUUUCCAGUUUAGCGCCCCACGUUUCUCUGAUAUAAUCACCCCUCCAGCUGUACUGAGGUCAAUCGCCUUAUGUUGUUAGCAUCACAUUUUUCUCUGCCCAGCUCAUUUUGUUUGAUAGAUCCUUUUAAGGGGGACUGCGGUCCCUUCGUGUCUCUUGAUUUUUAUCGUCAUGGCACUUCCUUUCUUUGCCGAGUUCAGGGAUGGAUCGUACAGCUUGAACACAAAACGCUCUUCCAUGGAACACCCACAAUGCACUUGUGGAUGCCUUGUUAUGCCUGGACAACAGAUGCUCACCCGCAGAGGGACACUAGAGCUUCAUCUGAAGGGCCGGUCGACCCUGGAGUUUUGGGAAUUUGGUCCUUAUUCCUAGCACUCCCUUCCUGCUACCAAACUUCCCACAGGACAGAAAAACUUCUGACAAAGACUGUUUCCAUUUAGUAAUUACUAUGACUUUGUGUUAUUUGGUACAUCUGUAGGUUUCACGCUUGUCUAGAGAGACUCUUUGAUUUUAGAGAAACAGGCAAGACUGGACAGACCAAACCAAUCAAGCAUCUGGAGGAUCUGAUGAUGCUGUAAUUGUACUUCCUGCAGGGCAAAGAUGUCACUUCCUCUCAAUAAGCACACAAGCUCUUGGCUUCCUGUUUGCAGCUGAAAGCAUGCAAGGAAGAGUUUUUUAAAGCACUCAAAAGAAGAACAAUGGGGGGAAAAUUGUAUGCAGUUUUAAAAUGAGUGAAAGAAAAGAAGGGUGGAAGGAUUUUUUCAUGAACUUUUUCUAAAAGACUGGACUGUGAGAUGUAAGCAAUUGUCAUCAUCCUAAAAAAGGAGCUGUUACAGCAGUCAACUUAAAGAGGAAAAAAAACAACAUAAAAGUAUCUUUUUUUGUAAAUAUUUUGUGAAAUGGAAAAAUUACAGACGUGAUUUGGAGAAGGGUUCCAAAUAAACGAACAAAUUUAAACCGGUCUCUGCUGUCAACUCUGUAUGUGCCGACCCCGUUUUCUCACCUUCAUUAGAAAGAUCAGGCUGGUGAUAUUCUAAAUGUUUGUUAUAUCCCAUAAAUCCAGGAAAAAGACCAAAACCAUCAAUGCAUUAGUGCUUUAAUACUUCCUGUUCAUGGUACUCAGCCUCAAGCCCAUUGGU